UAUUUUGAAGCAAAUUAAACAUUGCAUAACACAGAUCCAUUGGUGCUUUUGCUUCAGUAUUACCAGUUCUGCAAUAAAAGCCACUUGGUGUUUUUAAUGUUUUGUCACAAAGGAAUGGAGACAUUUGUGAAACUUCCUGAAUUUCAGAAGCUGAACAUUGGUUUUGCUCUUGAUGAAGGUUUGGCAAACCCAACCAAUGCCUAUACUGUCUUCUACGGAGAAGAGAACCCCUGGUGGAUCACAUUCCACUGUCCAGGAAGUCCAGGUCAUGGUUCCAGGUUUGUGGAGAACACCGCAGCAGAGAAACUAAAAAACAUGGACCAGAAUUUCACAUCCACAGAGGAGAGCGACCCCUGGGGGCAUGUGUUUAGCUCCACCUGCAAAGCCAUGAACAUGACUGUGAAAAAGGAAAUCUUCCCUGCUGCCACAGACAGCCGCUUUAUCAGGGAAGAGGGUCUUCCUGCCAUUGGCUUCUCUCCAAUGAAUCUCACUCCCAUCCUGCUUCACGAUCAUAAUGAGUAUCUGAAUGAGCAGGUGUUCCUGCGGGCCUUCCAGGUGUAUGAGUGUCUGGUCCCGGCUCUGACCAGUUUGUCACCUCUCUCGCUCCUCCUCUCCUGGUUCGGUGUCUCACAGCUGCUUCUGCUCCUCACGGUUCUGAGUAAAGGGGCUGAUUUCCGCACAAAUGUAUCGGACAUAACACCAAAGAAUGGGCUGAUCCCAUAUAAUGAAGAUCACCGUUAUGUUUGUUUUAACUCAGCUUAAAAUGCUUCUAAGUCUUAUUUGUUAGCUGAUAUCCACAAGUAGGAGCUGAUUUGAACUUUUGUUUUAAUUCACAGUUUUCAAGUUAAUUCAUAAUUCAAGUGUAAAUUUAACACACUUAAAUUAGGCAGUUUGUGUCUCCAUAUAUGAAAAAAGAAAAUAAUUUCAGAGACUGAAACUGAAUAGCUGUGCUUGCUAUAGAUGCAUUAUAUCUUUUAAUACAAAUGAUUCUGAUGCAAACAUGUAGUUAUGUAUACUGAAAAUGUGUAUGGGUCAUUGGUUUCUAUGAGAUUUACAUUGCACAGUAACUACAAUUAGAAAGAGUAACAUUUAAUCUCAACAUUGAUGGUUGGCUGGUGCUAC